GCAGGACACUUCCUGGAAUGUCUUCAACCCUCCAACGCUCCGCCAGAUCUCUUUCAAAGUGGUGGAGGGGGACUCUCUUUCAUCAUAUCGUGGUGGAGACGUUUCCUUUAGCAUUAACAAAUCAACCUCUGCUUCACCCAGAAGGGAAACAUGCACCACCAAAAAUUUGCCAGUGGUGUGUGAUCAGAGCUGCUGUUUGAACAAGAAUGCUUUGCCUGUUCAUUUGAAACCAGCUUUAUACUAGAAAUAAGGAGAGAUUUUGCAUACUGUGCUGAAGAACAGAUAUCAGAAAUUGAAAGCCAUUGAACAUGACCACAGAAACCUUGGUGAAGGAUAUUAAACCAGGCUUGAAAAACCUAAACCUUAUAUUCAUUGUACUGGAAACAGGUCGGGUAACCAAGACGAAGGAUGGCCACGAAGUGCGGACAUGUAAAGUAGCAGACAAAACUGGCAGCAUAAACAUCUCUGUGUGGGACGACGUUGGCAACCUAAUUCAGCCAGGAGACAUCAUCAGACUCACCAAAGGGUAUGCAUCUGUUUUCAAAGGCUGCCUGACUUUAUACACUGGACGUGGAGGAGAUCUGCAGAAAGUUGGAGAGUUUUGUAUGGUUUAUUCUGAAGUGCCAAAUUUCAGUGAGCCAAACUCAGAGUAUGUGGCACAACAGUCACAAAACAAAAAUAUGCAGAAUGACAAUUCAGCACCUGCAGUCUCACAAACCACACCAGCCCCUCCCUCCUCAACACCAGCAGCCUCUGAUAACCAGAAUGGCAAUGGAUUGAUUACCCCUGGCAGCUCCACACACCCACCAAGUGUCCCCACCCAUACUACCAGUGGUCGCAUCACCCGGAGUCAGCCCAACCACCAGAGUGGAGGGUCAUUGGGAACAAGUUCUUCCUCUAACACUGUCAGCAAUGGCAAAGAGACACGACGAAGCAGCAAGAGAUAACCGGUGCAGGACUAGAAGGCACCUCUUCCUCUACCAACUGUUUGUUACCUUUUUACCUCCUACUGACCCAGCUCUGAGGUUCAGCGGUAGAUAUUGAGAAGAGAUGAACACUAGGCUGGAGCACAAACCAUGAAACCAACUUCAGUUUAGCCACUGUAAUACACUUUUAACAUGAUAUUGAGCACUGGCUGAGGAAUAAGGUCUUCGGUAUAUUUAUACUUCUAUUUCAUGUAAAACUGGUACUUUUCAGGAUUCACCACACAUGUAUUCUACACUUUCAUUCUGCAGGAAAUUGGCACAGCCACUCUUUCAUCUUCUUUGCCUCAUUUUCAUCCCACCAUUUAUAUUCCCACAUAAUUUUCCUGCCCUAAGGGCACAUGUUUUUGAAUUUAGCUUCACUUAGAUUUCUGCAUUUACUAUCAUGGUAGAUUCAUAACGAAGUCUGUGAAACCAUCAUGGAUUGAAAGAUGUUAAAGUUGUGAACAAAAAGACAACUGUUUUCUGAAUUUCCAUGAAGUGUUUAGCUGUCACAGAAUAUCUUUAACGUGGGUGGGGGUUAGCAAGUAACACACACAUUGAUGCCAUCUUUUCCAAGACAAACUAACCAUGGCUAUCUCUGAGAGGCAAAUAAGAUCACUGUUGUUUUUCUUCCCAAACAUCUUUCUGAUAGCUUGCAGCAUCCUGUGGUUAGGUUUCCAUAUAAGUAAUGAUGUUAGAUUAGAAGUGUGGCAAAGCUGACAGCAGUUUUAAAUUGCUCUGAAAAAUUAACUUGUUAUUGUUUUUGUGCUAGAUGGCUACAUUUGAUGGUAUGUUUUUAUUCCACUAGACUUCAACGUGGCUGGCAUCACAGUAUUGGGGGUCAAAUGGUUGCUGGGUCUCUGGCCAAUCAGGAACCUGUGCUGCCAUCUUUGUUCUUAUUUAGGACAAGGCCAUCAGAGAUUAUGCAUGUUGUCUAUGACCUUGCCAAGCCCUAUGCAAAGAAAAUAUGUUUCCCAUACUCUCCUGAGAUAUGGCAGAGGUCUUUGUUCAUUGUUCUUGAGCCCUGUAUUCCUCUCUGGCUAGGCCUCCAACCCCAUCUGAGAAACUGAGGGGGCUGUCCAAGGCCAGGGGCUCUAAGGGCCUUUGGAAAGCUUAGCAGCAGUCUGAAGGAAUAUGAGUUAUGGUCAGCAUUGUAAUUGGAAUUGUUGUAAACACUGAGUGUAGGAUAGGAUUUUAACACUAAAAUGUCUGCCAAAGUUUUAACAUAUUUCUUCGGUCAAUAAAAUGUUUUACGUUUUGGUAAUUGUGGUUGUAUGGCUAUAAACCAUCAGCAUUUAAGAAUAUUUUAAAACCCUUCACAUAUUGGCUUGAGUCUCAUUUUCCCCAUUCCUGUGCCUCUGUUCUUUAUUCCAGAAUAUUAGCAUGAACUAAUUGGAAAAGUUUUUAAAGUAACAUUACAUUUGUCUAAUCUGAUGUGUCUACUUGAAUGUACGAUCAGUGAAUGUUUUGGGAAUAAAUACUUCACUCUUUCGUUUCUUGUUUAUCCUGCAAAUCUCUGAUCAAAAUAAAGGGGUCAUUCCAUGUAACUGCGGGUACAUCUUCUUAAUAUUGUCUGAUCAUUAAGACAGUGUAGCAAGAAUGACUAUUGUCUCCUGUUCAGUUGUGAAAAGUGUGAAUAAAUGAGAGUUAUUGAA